AUGAAGUCGGGGCAGUUAGCAAAGCCUAUUACACACGAUCAGGUCGCUGAGCUUCAUGAACUCUUUCGCCACUUCGAUGGGGCCGGGGAGGGUGUCCUUGAAAUGUCCAGGAUUAAAGAAUUUUUUUUUCAAAUGGGACCGGAAUUCGCAGAGGAGGUAUUUGUGCCUGUGGUCUUGGACGCAAAUCUCGAUAAGGUGGAGGAGAUAACCUUUGCACAGUUUUUUUUAAUUUUCUUGAACAUAUCCGGAAGAAUGCCUAGUAAUGGGAAUUAUGAACUUGAACAGUUAAAAGAGGUUUUUGCUGCAUUUGACCCUGAGUGCACGGGGUAUAUUGAGGUGAAUCGUUUCAUGCAAAUCAUGCUGGAGGAAGGGAAGCCGAUCUCUUCCUUCGAGGGAAAGGAACUUUUAUUACAGCUCCGGUACUUUGGGUGUAUGCGCAAAGGAAAAGUGAAUUAUGGUAAAUUCUUAUCUAGAAUUUUCGUGUCGGGCACGUCUAAUACAUUGUUUGCUGCCACUUGA